UAUCGAGUAAGUAGCUGGUCAGCUAGCGUGGCUGACUUCUUCAUCUUAGCCACGAUUCUUUAGUUUUCUCGACUUUGUGCAGUCUGGUCAGAUUAUAAUGUCCACUCGAAGCGGGAUGUCUAACGGGGGAAUCUCAAACAACAAGGUGAAGUAUUCCAGAGUAGCAGACAGCGAUGAAGGCUACAUUGACCUACAGUUCAAGAGAAGUCCACCCAAAGUUCCAUACAAAGCCAUCGCACUGGCAACGUUCCUGUUCCUGGUUGGGUCUUUACUGAUUAUUAUUGGAUCUUUGCUUUUGGCCGGCUCCAUUGAAGUUACGCAUCGAGAUCGCACGAUUCCCGUCCUCAUCAUCGGAAUCCUCAUAUUUCUGCCUGGUUUCUAUCACUUGAGGAUCGCCUACUACGCCUCCAAGGGUUAUCGUGGUUACUCAUAUGAUGACAUUCCAGACUUUGAUGAUUGACCCUGCUGCAGGCAAACAUGGCCAGCAUGCUGAUCAGCCAUCUGAAAUCUUUGGACACCUGCUGUUUCCUUUGUGUCCUUAUGGCCAAAGCUGCAUGACAUGCCUUUGUAUUUUCUCCCUGUGUGAAUCUUUAGUUUUCCUCCAGCAGGGAACCAGCAGCCAGCUGUAGAUUAUCUGAGGUACAGCAUGAGCACAGGAGUGUAUGUGCUUCCUUUAGUUCUUGUACCAAAGUCUGAAUGUACCUCUGUGUUAUGCAAAAUAGAGUAUUUAUUUUAGCACUAUGUAUGAAAAGCCAAAAAAGAAUAGUGGACAUCAUCUUAUCCCUUUGCUGUAUUUGCCCCUAUGAGGAGUUUCUGUGAUGAUGUGUAUAGAGCUGCGAGAAACAGUGUUGUUUUGCAAGAAUAAAUAGUUUUUAUGAUGUUCUUACUUUGUCACUGGUUUGAAAAAUGAAGAAGCAGCGGUUGUGGUUGCAUUUGGGGUUUUGAAAAUGUAUUCACUGUUCAGCAUUUGUGAGAGCAACAAUGGUCUGUUUUAUGAGUACUUUCAGAACAGAAACAUGCAUAAUUCAUUAUUUUUAACAUAGUAACGCUUGUCUGAGUAAGAGUAGGGCUAUGAUGGUCAAUUACAAUUCAUCUUUUCUUUGAACUGGUGAUCGUUAAUGCCGCUUUGCCUAGUUAUGUUUGCAUAAUUAAUAUAUCUGCCGAUGUUGAGGUAGAUACAUUAACAUUGAUCAGAUUUAGAAAUUUUUUCUAUUAUUUCUAAAACAAUUUCUAUUGGGUUAGAAAUACAGAUGUUUUAAUGUAUCAACCCAGCAUCACCUAACAUUCUGCUCUUCAGUAGCACAAAAAUAAUCUUUUAAGCAUAUAUUGGCCGAUACCAAUAUGAUUCUAAUAUUGUGUAUGUCUAAUGCAUCUCCCACAGCCCUUACAAUAAGAAACAGCCUAAUGGACAUAUCCGUUUAUAUAAUUUUGGCAUCAUAGUAUUCUUAGACUUUUUUGUCAUAUCUGUUUGAAGGCUGUAUCAGUUACUUUUUGUUUUCAAUAAAGUACUUUGGAGUCGUUGAAA